UCCCAUCACUGCCGUAUCAAAAUAACAUCAAAACUCGAACAAAAUUAUCUCGAAAAAAAUAAUAGACCAUAAGGGAACAGAAAAUGAAUCUCUUGGACCUGCCGCAGACAGUGCUUCAGGACAUUUUCGAAUUGCUGUCCUACGACGAGGUGGCGAAAAAGCGCGAGGUCUGCACUAGGUUUAACUACAUCUGCCAGAAAGUUUUGAAUGCCGGAUUUAAUAAAGUUAUACUGGAACAUGCCAAGAGCUUUAAGCGCAUCAAGUCCAUGCUGCCACGCCGGGAGUCCGAGCGAAGGAGCCACAUACUUUCCCGGCACUCAGACAUCCUUACCUCUAUUGAGACGCGAAUCUCCAUGCUGACGAUGACAUACUCCAAGUUUAUUGACCUCAACAUCUGCUGCUUUAUACCGGGUCGUGUCCUGGACGAGAUAAUCGGCAUAUUACGCAUCCUGAGCGUAUCCACCAAGCAGUUGCGCCCACAUGAGGUACUUCAAGAGUUGCGUGACAUUUCCUCGAUGGCCAUCGAACACUUUGACGAGAAGAUUGCCGUGAAUUUCAAACUGGAGCACCGCAAGCAACUGGCCGAGUCCACGGCGGCGGGCACUCGCCUUGUGGUAUGCCGGACCCUCGGCGACAUUAGCUUUAGUGGCGUCAAACGAACAGGGAUCAGUCGGCCCGUCGACCAUGCCAUCCACCAGGCCAUUGUGUCGCUCUCACCGCUCUGCGCCAACAAUCAGGCGAGACCAGCGGAGAACUCCAGUUCCAGUCCGGAGCGACUGAAGAAGCACCUGAUCAAGCAGCACAAGCUGCAGAAGCGGAUCGUACAGCGGGUGCGUAGCCUGGAGUUUGCGCGGAAGGUGCAGGAUCGUCGGCUACAAGAGGCGAACAGCACCAUCACAGAACUAACCACCCAGGUGUCCGAACUGAAGCGUCAGCUAGAGGAUGUGGUGGCCAAUAUGCCCGGCGGGGCCAUUAAACGGCAGGCAGUGGCCAGCACCGACUGCCCCGCAAUGAAAAAGCCCAAGGUCUAGCCAGGGAUUUAGGUUAUCAAAUUAAGCUUA